AUGGAAAUAAAAAAACUCGGUAAUAAAACAUUAGUGAGAGGUUUUAAAUGGAAUCAAUUUAUUCGUCAAAAUGAAAAUGGCGAUAAAUUUUGUAGGACCGAUAUAAGCUUAUGGACUUUUGUAUCCUCAAAUAAUAAAAAACAUAGUAAGAAAAAAAAAGAAUUAAAAUAUGAUUCGAGCGAUGUUCAUUUUAAAAAAAUUGGAUACCUGGCUUAUUUUUUUAAAGAAUUAAAAUAUGAUUCGAGCGAUGUUCAUUCUAAAAAAAUUGGAUACCUGGCUUAUUUUUUUAUCAUUCAACAAGAUAUUUUUUGUAAAAAUGUGUGGCAUUUGGAUAACACAGUAACAGACAUUAAAAAUUUAAUUUUCGGUCAAGAUGAUGCCGUGGAAAAAUUGAAUUACGUUUUAAAUAGAAUUAAUCAAACGGAAGGCAUGAGUGUUGUUAUUUUUACAGGUGGUGUAGGAGUCGGUAAAACUUAUACCGCACUUACAAUAAAUAAAAAUUUACCAUGGACAUCAAAGACAAUAAUAUCAAAACACAGUUUUGAACUUGAUGAAACGAUUUUACCUAAAACAUAUUUCAAAUGCGAUCAUAAUUUAUUAAUUAUUGAAGAUUUAUCAGUUAACGAUAUGGAUUCAGUCAUGAAUUUAAUCAAAUUUGCAAGUUAUAGAAAAUACAAAAAACUUUUUAUCAUAUUAAUUUUUACAACACAUUCGAAUAGUGAAAAAAAAGACAUUUUGUCAUCUUUCAAUGAAUCAUACAUAACAUAUUAUCAUGUUCCUUUUAAAAAUUUAGAUAAAGAAGCUGUUAGAAAAUGUUACCUCGAUGAAAUUAAUAAACAAAAAGCAGAAAUUUCCGAAAUUGAAUUGCAUGGUUUGAUAAGUAAAAAAAUGAGGGCAAUUGAAAUUGUAAAAGGUCCUGUAGGUUGUAAAGGAGUAUCAGAUGAUGUUGCCUUUUAUACAAAAUGA